AUGCUGAAGGUCUGCACCACUGAAGCUCCUUUCCUGUGCCCAGAGGGUCAACUCUACCUGCAGGUUGAUGGUGUGGCAAUGGGGUCCCCAUUUGAGGUCUUGUUCCCCCAGGCAUUCAUGUCCCAUGUGGAGUCGUCUGUCAUGGAGAGGGAAGGGCUGAACCCUAUUGUCUACUCCAGAUAUGUUGACAUAUUCGUAUGUGUUGACAAUGAUAAUACAUUGAAGAGGCUUCAUGACAAGCUACAAGAAUUCUCAGGCUUAAAGUUCACUGUUGAGAAAAGUGAAGGAGCCAGGAUUCCAUUUCUCGAUGUUCUCGACGACGGCAACUCGGGUAGAUUCAUCACAGAUGUGUAUCGUAAACCAACUGAUGCAGGAAAAUGUAUGAACGGUAAGAGUGAAAGCACUGACGGGUCAUCAACGCGUAUGUAG